UUUGGGAGAAGGUGACGACAGAGUUAUUAAGGCAGCGGCAGUAGAAACUUCAAGAGCUGAGAGCAGGCCAAGCCCUGUCCCUGAGUAGAUACUGAGGUGUGUAGAGGCCUCUUCUCCUGCCCAGGAAGGGUUCCUCGUCCCCCAGGGCCAGUGUCGGGCAGCUGGACAGCAGCUGGGCAGAGGCCUGGGGGAGAUAUGCGGGCGCCCGCGCUGCUGUCCCUCCUGGGCUGCCUCGUGGUUCCUGGUGGUGCCCGCAUCAUGGGCCGCUGCGAGGUGGCUCGGAAGCUGCACCAAGGGGGACUGGACUACUUCGAGGGCUACAGCCUUGCCAACUGGGUGUGCCUGGCUUACUUGGAGAGCAAGUUCAACCCCUCAGCCGUGUAUGAGAACGAGCAGGAUGACUCCCUGGGCUACGGCCUCUUCCAGAUACGUGACAGCAAGUGGUGUGAGCCGGGCAGGAACCUCUGCCACGUGGCCUGCUCAGCUUUGCUGAAUCCAGAUUUAAAGGAGACAAUCAAAUGUGUCAAGAAAAUUGUGCAAGGAAAAAACGGGCUGGGAGCGUGGCCCAGCUGGUCCCUGUACUGCCGGUACUCCGACACCCUGGCGCGGUGGCUGGACGGCUGCAAGCUGUAGCUGCUGAGCACCUCACCCGCUCACUGGUGG